AUGCUCGGUGGCUUUGUGACUCGGGCUCCCACAAGCAGCUGUGUCACAUCCGCGGUGACAGCAAUGGCUUCAGGAACAGCGCUGAUUUAUGACGAGGAGAUGACCACUCAUAAACUGCUUUGGAGUGAUCCUAUUUGUGAUAUUGAAGUGCCAGAAAGACUGUCAUCCUCUUACGAGCAGCUUAAACGUUACCAUCUUGUGGAAAGAUGUGUCCAUGUGCCUGCCAGAGAAGGAAGUGAUGAGGAGAUCCUGUUGGUUCACAGUUUGGAACACUUGGAAGUGGCAAAAAGUACCCAGACAAUGAAUGAAGAGGAACUGAAAAGAGUCUCUGGAAAUUAUGAUGCUUUUUUCUUUCAUCCGAACACUUAUCGCUGUGCCAAACUAGCAGUAGGAGCAACUUUGCAGCUGGUGGAUGCUGUGAUGUCAGGAAAAGUGUGCAAUGGAAUGGCAUUAGUAAGACCUCCAGGUCACCACAGCCAGAGAAAUGCAGCUAAUGGGUUCUGUUUGUUCAACAACGUUGCUAUUGCAGCAGAAUAUGUAAAACUGAAAUAUGGUCUACAGAGAAUCCUAAUUGUUGACUGGGAUGUGCACCAUGGGCAAGGAACUCAAUAUAUAUUUGCAGAGGAUCCAAGUGUUUUGUAUUUUUCCUGGCAUCGCUAUGAACAUCAGGAAUUCUGGCCAUCACUCAAAGAAUCUGAUUAUGAUGCUGUGGGUCUGGGAAAAGGAAAAGGUUUCAACAUAAAUUUGCCUUGGAAUAAGGUUGGGAUGGGAAAUUCAGAUUAUCUUUCUGCAUUUUUCCAUGUGUUGCUUCCAAUGGCUUUUGAGUUUGAUCCUGAACUGGUUCUUGUCUCCUCUGGAUAUGAUUCUGGAAUUGGAGACCCUGAAGGUCAGAUGAACGCCACUCCUGAGGUUUUUGCCCAUCUUACCCAUUUCCUGAUGCAGUUAGCUAAUGGAAAGCUGUGUGUCAUCCUAGAGGGUGGAUACCACUUAAAGUCAUUGUCUGAAUCAGUCUGCAUGACUGUAAAAACUUUGCUUGGAGAUCCUGUGCCUCAAAUAACUGGAGAAAUGGCACCUUGCCUAAGUGCUGUUGAAUCCAUUCAAAAUGUGAGAGCAGCACAUAAACCCUACUGGAAAUGGUUGAUGUAUGAAGAGACAUCAUUUUUACAGAAUUUAAGCACCAGAUCGCACUUACAGAAGGAGGCUAAUCCAAAUCCCUCCACAGAACUUGAAUCUAAGAUAACUAACGAUGAUGAAACUGUCAAAGUAGAAAAGUUUUUGGAACUGCACAUGAGAAAUAUUCUAUUUCCAGUGCCUCCCAUCAGAACAGCAACAACAAUUAACUCUAAAGGAUCAGCACAUUUGCUCCCUGUACCCGUUCAUUUGGUGAAGGAAAUGGACAAAACUGAAAUUAAAACUCUUGUCAGUGGCUUUUAUGCAGACCUUGUGAAAGAGGACAAAACUUUGCUCUCUCUGGGCAAUAUGUUGGCUAUCCUAGAUAAAAUACUUAAGAAGGAGGUACGCAAUGGGAUUGCAGAAUCACCCACACCUUCUGUUUCUGUUGCUGUUACAGUAAGACAUUCUGUUCGUUUUGGAUUUCAAAGAGUGCUUUGCAUAUUUGUUGGAGACAUGCAAGUCAUGCCAGACACGGAAGAUGGAAAAACACUCAUCAUACAUAUUUGUGAGAAAGAACAGUCUGGAAAGACCAGCUGCAAACACUAUAUUUCACUGAACUGGAAAGAGGAUGCUGAAGGAAAUGACUUCUUUUCUGCUGUACUUGGAUUCAUUCUUCCUGUAGCAUACAGUUAUCAACCAAACUUGACAGUAAUAGCUGUUGGACCAAACAGGAGCCUUGGAACAAGUGGGAUUUCUCUGCUUUUUGCUUUACUGCAAGGAUUAGCUGAGUCUCGAAUUUUUGCAGUGAUCGAGGACACAGAGAUAAAUUUAAUGCAAAGUGUAGCCAAAGCGUUAGCGGGUGCUUCUACACCUCACUUCGGAGCUUAUGUACCUCCUACCCAAGAAAAAGUAAAUAAAAUUAAAGUAUUAAGAGACCAGUUUCAGCAGGCAUGGAAAAUGCUUCAGUGUUCAGUGACGGAUAAGAUUUCAAGAAAUUGA